CUAUCACAAAAGUUAAUGAGAUUUGAGAGUGUAUGAAUUUUUAUAAAUAAUACUAAUAUUUAUUAUAUUUUUAUAACUAAUGAAAGUAUAUUAUACAUAUACGCAUGUAAUUAAAUUUUACUACACAUAAAAAUAUAAGUAAUUUUUGUUGGAUGUGAUUGGCAGCUAUGGCUCUUGGGCUUUCCCUGCUGAACCCUUAUUUAGACAAGAGUGCUUCAUUCAGAAAUGGAGUCAACUUUGCGGUUGCUGGGGCUACGGCGCUUAACUCUUCUUUCUUUGUUUCAAGGGGAAUUAUUGUUCCACCUGAUGUUGGCUCACUGGACCUUCAACUACGCUCCUUUUAUACGUACCUCGCCUCAAUUUGUUCCACCCCACGAGAAUGUAGUGAAUAUUUGAGACGGGCUCUGGUUUUCGUGGGUAGAAUUGGAGGAAAUGACAUCAAUUAUCCUUUAUCACAAGGCAGAUCCCUUGAAGAAAUCCGGACCUACGUGCCUCUCAUAAAUCAAGCUAUUUCCGAUGCCAUAAGAGAGAUUAUUCGAGCUGGUGCCUCGCGAGUAGUGGUUCCUGGAAAUUUUCCCAUUGGAUGCUUCCCUUACAUCCUUGCUGCUUUCGCUAGCAACGAUUCCACAAACUACGACGAACUUGGUUGUGUAAGAAGCGCCAACAAUCUUGUCGUUUAUCAAAAUAAUAACUUGCAAGCCACACUAAACACUCUCAGAAAGGAAUUUCCCGGUGUAGCCAUAAUCUAUGCAGACUACUACAAUGCUUUUCUAACAACUUUACGCCGUGCUCCCUUCAUCGGGUUUGAUCGAACAACUCUACUGACGCCAUGUUGUAAAAGCAGACAGUUCGAUCCUCUCAGUCUUGAAUUUUGUGGGAACCCAACUGUGCCGGUUUGUCCGAACCCCCAACAAUAUAUACAUUGGGAUGGCGUGCAUUUGACACAAGAAGCUUAUCAUCGUAUCUCCCAAAUUGUGAUACCUUAUAUUCUCCCCACAAUCAUAUGCUUACGUUGAACAAAUUAAUGCGCUACUAUAUAUAUAUU